AUUUCCAUAGCCAAUAAUAAGCUGCAAACGAAAAAUAAGAGGCAAUAUAAUAACGCUACAAGUAUUUUUCUUUUUUCUGUCCAAAUAACUAAAAACGAUGAAGAAACCCAUUUCAUUUUUGUUGGCGUUUAUUCAACUGCUUUUUAUUGGACUUGUUUCAACACAAGAUGUAAAGAAGGAGAAACUCAUGUCUCUUGCAGAUAGCAACACAGGCGUCAUCAAGUUAAACUCUAACAGUUACGAACGAUUCACCGAAGGAAAGCGUAAUUAUGGACUUGUUGUCUUGUUAACUGCUCUCGACUCACAGUUUAACUGUGUACCUUGUCGUGAGUUUGACCCUGAAUAUACUUUGGUUGCAAAGACUUUCCAAAAGAACAAGGCUAACAAGCAACUCUUUUUCGGUCACUUGGAUUUCAAGGAUGGCCAAGCUGUUUACCAAAAGCUCAAGAUCAUGUCUGCACCCAACGUUUUCUAUUUCCCUCCCCAAGAGGCUGGUGAAAAUAAGGAAUAUGUUAAAUACGAUUUAGCCAGAAGUGGAUUUACUGCCGAGAGCUUUGCAGAAUUUUUAAGCAAGGAAUCAGGCCAUAAAGUCACUGUGAGUCGACCCGUCAAUUAUUUACACCUCGCCACCAAAGUCUUUUUAGCAGUAGGCGCCGCCGCUGUACUUAAGCUUAUCUAUCGUCACUUUGGAUUUAUCUUUUACCACAAAACCACUUGGACUGUCAUCUCCAUCUUGAUUGUUUUGACCAUGAAUUCUGGUUACAUGUGGAAUCGUAUUCGUACCCCUCCCUUCGUUAUGCCCGGUAAGAACGGAGAGGUGAAUUAUAUUGCUUCAGGUUUCUCUACACAAUUGGGUGUUGAACCACAAAUCGUUGCUAGUAUAUAUGGUAUUCUUUCCUUCUCUCUUCUCGCAUUAAUCAAGUCUGUGCCUAGUUUCGAUGACAGCACACGUCAAAGAUUCGGUGUUUAUAUUUGGACUGUAUGUAUUAUUUUCGUCUUUAGUAGUUUAUUGGCCAUCUUCAAGAUCAAGAACGGUGGAUAUCCAUUCAAACUCUUACUCUAAAUAUAAUACCUUCCUUUUUUUUCAUGUAACAAUGUGGU